AUGCCUAGCUAUGUGAAGUUUAUAAAAGAAAUCCUCUCGAACAAGAGAAAGCUAGGGGAAUAUGAGCCAAUUACACUUACUGAGGAAUGUAGUGCCAUUUUAAAAAAUAAAUUACCCCAAAAGCUUAACGAUCCUAGAAGCUUCAACAUUCCUUGCACUAUUAGGAACUCUCAUUUUGAAAAAACUCUUUGUGAUCUUGGAGAAAGUAUUAAUUUGAUGCCUCUUUCAAUGUACAAGAAGUUGGGUCUUAGAGAAGCAAAGCCAACAACAGUCUCUUUACAGUUGGUUGGUCAAUGUAUUAAAUAUCCAAGGGGGAUUAUUGAGGAUGUCUUGGUGAAAGUGGAUAAGUUUAUCUUGCCAGCAUAUUUUAUUGUUCUUGACAUGGAAGAAGACUGA